GUGUAAGAGAGCCCCUAAGCAAUUUAUACUAUGGCAGAUCGUAAUUUUCAGAAAUAUCUAACGCGUCCCUGAACCUAUAGCUGAUGAAGCAGAGUUUUAAGUUUAGCAUAUAGAACUCGCAUUGACUAUGACUACAGAUAAGAAUAGCGAGAAUCUUCCAUGGGUUGAAAAAUAUCGUCCUGAUUCAUUAGAUGAAGUGUUUGGACAACAAGAUAUAGUGGAUACUGUUAAGAAAUUUGUUCAUGAAGGUAGAUUACCUCAUUUAUUAUUCUAUGGACCUCCUGGAACUGGUAAGACUUCAACUAUUAUAGCAUUGGCUAAAGAAAUUUAUGGAAUAAAUUAUAAAAAUAUGGUAUUAGAAUUAAAUGCAUCUGAUGAUAGAGGGAUUGAUGUUGUACGUAAUCAAAUUAAGAAUUUUGCAUCUACUAUGCAAAUUUUUAGUAAAGGAUUUAAAUUAAUUAUAUUAGAUGAAGCUGAUGCUAUGACAGCUGUAGCUCAAAAUUCAUUAAGAAGAAUUAUUGAAAAAUAUACUAAGAAUACUAGAUUUUGUAUAUUAGCUAAUUAUGCUCAUAAAUUAAAUCCUGCUUUACUUUCAAGAUGUACUAGAUUUAGAUUUAAUCCAAUAAGUGAAGAAGCUAUUAGAGAUAGAAUUUCUAGUGUCAUUAUUAAAGAAAAUUUAAAGAUUGCUCCAGUGGCAGAAUCAGCAUUGUUAAAAUUAAGUAAAGGUGAUAUGAGACGAGCUUUAAAUGUACUACAAGCAUGUAAAGCUGCAACUACUGAACAAGAAGAAAUUACAGAAGAUAUGAUAUAUGAGUGUGUAGGAGCACCUCAUCCUCAAGACAUUGAAACUGUGUUGGAUUCAAUCUUAAGAGAAGAUUGGACUACAGCUUAUGAAACAAUCAAUAAAUAUAAACAAGUUAAGGGUUUAGCCUUAAUCGAUCUAAUUUCUGGUUUUAUUGAAAUCUUGAAUCGAUAUGAAUUAAAGAGUAAAACUAGGAUUGAUAUCUAUAAAGGUUUAAGUGAUAUAGAGUAUGGUAUUUCCAAAGGAGGUAACGAAAAGAUUCAAAGCAGUGCCGUAAUAGGUGUUAUAAAAGCCGCUUUAGAAAGUCAAGCUAAUUAAGUUUCUACAUAUAUAGAAAAAUAAAAGAAAAUUACCUGUAAUUAGUUAGUAUAACAUAUUUCAUUGUAUAACAAACACAAAUUAG